AGCUAUUUAAACGACCACACUCCCUCGAUAACCUCUUUCCAAGUCUAUGAUUCUUCCGCUGAAUUCUCUAUCUUUGAAGUUUUUAUCAAAAUCUAAAUUUUUUUCAAAAGUUGCAUUGAAUUUCACUUGUUUUGGGGUUCAAUCUUCAUUUCAAUCGAUACCCAAUUGCUGUUUUCUUCCAUUGGAAAGAAAUUCUUUCUGUAAUCUUCUUGAUAUUCUCCUCUCUUCCUUUCUCUGUUUUUCUUGUUCUGUUUUGAGCUGAAAAUUGCCACUUUUUUCUGAUUUCCAGCUUCUUGAUCUACUCACCUGCAUUUCCAUCGAAACCCAUUUCGUUUUCCUCAAUUUGAACCUCUUUCUCUCUUCCGAAGUCUUUUUCAUCUAUCCCAAAACCCCCAUCGUCUUCUCUCUGUACAUCUUUCCCUGUUUUAUUCUCUGUUCUUCACCAAAACUUGCAUUUUCCUCUGUAUUAUUGCAUUUCCAUCAAAACCCAUUUCUAAUUUGACAAUCGAAGUUCGUCUCUUACAAAAAAUUAGAUUACUUUGAUUGCAUUUUACUACCUUUUCUCUCUUUUUUACAGACAUGAAUCCACAUAAUCCGGUUAAAGAGGAGUUUCCAGGAUCGAGCUCCUUCAGCCCACCUAUCGUUCCUCCCCAGCCAAUGGAGGGCUUACACGACUUGGGUCCACCGCCUUUCCUCACUAAGACAUUCGAUAUGGUGGAUGAUCCGAGCACGAAUGAGGUGGUUUCCUGGAGCGAGUCCAACAGCAGCUUCGUAGUGUGGGACCCGCACACCUUUUCAAUGAAUCUUCUUCCAAGAUACUUCAAGCACAACAAUUUCUCUAGCUUUGUCAGGCAGCUCAACACAUAUGGAUUCAGAAAGGUGGAUCCUGAUAGAUGGGAGUUUGCCAAUGAGGGAUUUCUCAAAGGUCAGAGGCAUCUACUUAAGAACAUCAGGAGGAGAAAGCCACCCUCUCGACCCUCUCUACAACAGCAAGCUUUAGGCCCUUGUCUUGAAGUGGGACAGUUCGGAUUAGAUGCAGAGGUCGACCGUCUGAGGCGAGACAAGAACAUUUUAAUGAUGGAAUUGGUAAAAAUCAGACAGCAGCAACAAAACACCAGAGCCCAUCUUCAAGCCAUGGAAGAAAGGUUGCAAGGGACAGAACAAAAGCAGCAACAGAUGAUGGCAUUCUUAGCUAAAGCAAUGCAAAACCCAACCUUCUUGCAGCAAUUGAUACAGAAGAAGGAGAAAAGGAAGGAGCUUGAAGAAGCAAUAACCAAGAAGAGGAGAAGGCCCAUUGAUAGAAGGUCCGGUGGGGGUGAAUCGAGCCAGAUAGGUGACCCAGAAAUGUCUGUUAAAACCGAAGAGCCGGAUUUCGAAGGCCUUUAUGGCUCUGAUGUCUCAGAGCUGGAGGUCCUUGCACUGGAGAUGCAGGGAUUUAGGAGAACUCAAAAGGAAGAAGAACAAGGAGAGCAUGACCAGCAAGAACAAAAAGAUGAAAAUGAACUCAACAAUGACUUUUGGGAAGAGCUGUUGAAUGAGAAGUUUGGAGAUGAAAAGGGGGCUUCAGAUAUUGAAGGAAGAGAAGAUGAGGAUGUGAAUGUCUUGGCUGACAGAUUGGGUUAUUUAGGUUCCAGCCCAAAGUAGAGAGAGAAUCGUAUCUUUGGUCUUUUGCUUUGCUUUUCCUCUAAUUCAAUUUCAGCUGACUUCGAUCGCCAGAACUUUUCUAUCCUGGUAGAUAACCUUCUGUAUCUAAUUUGAUUGGACUUCCUUAUUCGAACUCAUAUCCAUGCUGCACCUACCUGGAUGGAUGUCAUUGCACCCAUUAUCCAUCUUGGCUUUUGUACUGUUUCAAUAUUCAAAUGGAGUAUGGGUGUAUGCAAAUCAGAAAGGCUGGGUGUAAAUAGUCUCUCCCCUUCGUCAUCCAUUGUCUAUGAGUUCUCUUUUUCUUUUCCAAUUUUCUUAAGAACCCAAAUAUUCAUUGGGUUCUUUUCCAUCUUUCAUUUGGGUUCUAUAAUGCUUUGAAAGGCUAUAACUUUCAUCUGGGUUUUUGGAUUUUGAGCAGAAGAUGCUGAAAUUUCAUAGUAAUCUGCAGAAACAACAAUGGAGAGGGAACCAGGCAUUAGUAUCCUUUACAGCCAUCAUGUUCACUAGUUAUGUUUUACAUUGAUUUUUAUUGGGUUCUCUGUCUUUUCUGUUUCUCUUGGUUUAUAAGGCCUCUCUCACUGUCUGUCUGAGCAGCUUGCAGGAAUAGCAUGGAAGAGUCUCUGGAUGUCUCGACCAUUAUUUUUCUGAAAGUCUGUCACUCUUCCUCACCUAACAUUUCUCUAUACAUUGCUUGAUUCUUCAUGCAAUUACUUUUGUUUAAAUGCAUCUGAAAAUGGGUGCAGGAUGUUCAGCAGCAAUGGGACUUGAAGAGGGGGUGGCUCCAGAGCUCAACCAACGGUCAGAUGAUAUUUUCGAAAUGUGAGUUAUUAACAGCUAGCUUCUCCUUGUCGGUUAGAUUUUAAUGUAGUCAAUGUAACGGAGGGUUGAGGCAUUGAGAAUAUCAUUACAAAUGGUCGGUGAUGAUGUUAACAGUUUCGUAUGUAGUGGUAUUUUUAAUCUGUGACAGUGCCAGGGCUCUUUUGUCUUUUUCUCA